UCUCAUUCGCGGUCACUCUAAAUUACGGCCGUCUACAGGCUGCCUUUUUGCACGGUGCUAUCAUUACACCACUGUACUAUAAAGUUUAUAUUACACAUCGGAAAAGUUGUAAUGCGUUUCGAUGUAAACCUGUAUAAUGUUGUGAUUACUGGGUUGGCGUUUUUCUUCCUUUUUGCGGCGUUUCAAACAGCAUCGUUGACUGCACAAAAUGCUUUAGAAGCUGUUUUUAAACAAAGUAAUCAUACUUUCGAUGAUGCGGGUUAUACAAGUCUAGCAAUUGUAUACAUUUCCUUUGGCCUAUUCAACUGGUUUGCACCAAUUGUUGUAAUAUAUUUGGGGAAAAAAUAUUCUAUGAUUGCUGGUUCGGUUUGUUAUGCAUUGUUCAUUGCCUCUUUUAUUGAACCGCGUGAAUGGAGUUUAUAUUUGUCGUCCUUGGUUAAUGGGAUUGGUGCAGCAGUAUUAUGGACUGCUCAAGGUGCUUUUAUUACAGACUGUUCCAGUAAUUUUAACUUAAAUCAAUAUUUUAGUCUGUUUUGGGCAUUAUUUCAAGCAAAUCAAAUAGUUGGCGGUUUGUAUGCCUAUAUUUCACUAUCAAAUACCACCGAAAUUUCCAAAACAUUACGUGUACAAUUGUAUGGUGGAUUGUUAGGAUGUGCGAUAUUUGGAAUAUUAUUACUUUUCUUAUUGAAAAAACCAAGAAAAGUUGACUCAAGUGAUAUGCCAUCAGAUUUAGAAAGAGAUAAUAUUAGUAGUUCGGAUGAAUUGACUGAAAGUUAUUCAAGAACACAAAAUCGCUUAACGGUAUUUCAGUCAACUGCACAAUCUUUACGUCGAUCGGUUGAAAUUCUAAUGACUAAACCAAUGAUGUGUAUACUUGUGGCAGCAGCAUUCACCGGCAUUAAUCUAACAUUUUAUUCAAGUCUUUAUGCUUCAGCAUUGGGGCAUUGUUUACAUUUUGGUAAAAAUGCUAAAUCUUAUAUCGGAUUAGCUGGUUUAUUCAUUGGGAUUGGAGAAAUUGUCGGCAGUUUUUCUUCUCGGUUAAACCGAUGGAUUCGUUUAGAAGGGAUUUUAGUCGCCUUUGGUUAUUCUACUGCAGUUAUCGUUGGUUAUUUCACCUAUAUGAUGCUACCAGCUAAUAGUCCUAUGAUGGAUACUGAUGAUGCUACUUAUAUCACACCAAAGUAAGCAUGAUAUAUGGAGUUGUUUCUGGCUUUUUUUUCUAUCAAAUCACAACAUCAUUAAUUGUAUUUUCGUGGGUGGGUGGGUGGUGGUGGGGGUAGAAAUGUUUGAAUCAAUUACUUCCCUUCAUGAAUUUUCACAAAACAAUAUAAAGAGAUAGUUUAUCUUAAGCACUUAAUGUAUUAUAAGUUUCCAGACCGUGGAUGCUACGAACUUCAUGGAAUGAUUUGAGCGCGGAGUCAGCGUGAUUCAUUAUAAGCUAUUUAAAUUAAUCCCAGCGUGUUUAAGAAAAAAUCAAAACAAGAUUUUUCUGAACGUUUCGUUGUGUAAGCUACAGGCUUCUUCAACAGAAUUAUUCGGAUUUUACUAAUCACCAAAAUAUAUGGUCAGAAUUUUUUACAUAAACUGAAUUCAGUUUAUUUGAAGGUCACUUGUCAAUAGACAUUUGUACCAAUAGAAAUAUGUAAGCAGUCAUCAUAUAUUUGUAAUUACUAAUGUCAAAUUGUUAUUAAGUAUAUUUGUCUGCAUGAUUGCAUGUUAUACACAAAAUAAAUGUUCCUGUAGGACCAAUAAUUGAUUUCAUCAAUUCAAUGACCUACACUUUAUCAAAACACAUAUCACGAAUACUGAAACCAUUUCAAUACAAUUUUUCCUUGGGCCAUUAAAAAUAUUGAGUUUAAAAGAAAAGUAAUGGGCAUAACUAGUGAAGAAGAUGAAAUUAUGGCAAGCUUUGAUGUGGUUUCUCUAUUUACUAGUAUUCCUAUAUGUGAUUCGCUUGAUAUCAUGAAAUAUGAAUUUGAAAACAAUCAGGAAGUAUUAGCUAAAUCUUCAUUAUCAAUAGCAGAAGUUAUAAAAAGCUUAAAACUUUGUUUAGAAUCUAAAUAUUUUACCUUUAAAGACAAACUAUACUGUUUGCGGAUAUUAUUGUACUUUUGGGUAACUAUUCUGACUAAAAUGCAAAGUCUUCUCAAUAUAUGGAGCAGAAAUCUUCGGAAGUUUGGCAUACAAUUCCCCACUGUUAAAUGCAAAAUGCUGCUACAUGACCGGACUACGCAAGCCCUUAGGUAAAAGGGAGGAAGUGGAAUGGCAGAGUAUGUUGACCACUUCACUUAUUUGGGAAGUUGUACUAAUCCUAAUUUACUGAUUGUUGACGGAAUGUCAGCAUGGGUACAUAAGACUUGUGUGGCAUUUACCACUUAACGCCAUCUCUGGCAUAGACGUGAUAUUUGUUUAUCGACCAAGGGACAUGUUUAUGCGUGUACUGCACAGCCAUUCCUCCCCUUUCAUGGCAUGACAUAGCCAUUGAAAGUGAGAGAUAUGGAAAAACUGUCUUUGGCCACAGAUGUGUGCGUUCUAUCUCCCGUACUAAUUGGAAUAAUCUGAUGAAUAAUAUCGAGGUUAGGCGCAGAGUGUUAUGUAAGGAGGGCAAGUCAGUCGAUGGUGUUGUGAAGCUACAUCGAUGAGAUGGUGCAUCUCCAGCCUUCUUCGACGAGGAAUGUCAGCUAACAUAAGACUAGAUUUAAGAGUUAGAGAUAGUCAAACCAGAACGUGGGAUCAGCCGAUGAAGUCUUUGACAGCUGGUUUCAGCCACACAGGCCUGAUUUGGUUCCUCGGAUACUAAAAUCCAAUCGCUGGUGAAUACUGGUGUAACGACAGAAGACAAGGGCCAGGCUACAGAUUGUUUGCUGAGAAAAUCAAGAGAUAUUUAUUGACUUUCAUGUACAUUAUUGUUAGCGGAGAAACAGCCUCUUCUGAUUGGUUGUUUUCGUGCUGAAGGUUAUUCUGUCAUCUCUACGUGGCCGUUUCUAAGACAAUCAAGUCAUAUGUCUGCGAAUCAUAUUUCCACACGUUAACUUCAUGAUUGUCUGGUGCUUUUCUCGAGGUUACGCCUUGUUAUUGUCUUUCUCAUGACCUUGAUCCGGGAUGUGAACAGUGAGGUAGAUUGUAGUCUACAAUUUUGGCUAGCAACCAGCUCCUACCACACUCGUAGGGUAUGUCUCAAAAUCGUUCACAGUUGCGCAAAUGCAUUCACUUUUUUAUCUCCUAUAUCCAUUGAACCCUCAUGUUUUUCCAUGUUACUAUUUUUCCAGCACAUUUCUGCUUAAUACAGUGCUUUUGAAUCUCCUUUUCCUUUCUUUUCUCUUCCUCUAUGUGGAUAUGAAGUGUAGCAACUUGAUGUGGUGCACUUAUGUGCAAAGUUUUACGUUGAAACUGAGUCAGUCAGUUAGUAUCCAUUUUCAGGUUUAACUGAGUUAGGUAAUUUUAUUUGUUCUUUUUGUCAUUCAAUAAUGAGUUCUGUGACCCUUUACCUGUAGAGAAUAAUGGGCUCUUCCUAUGCACGUUUAAUCACACAUGCAUCUAAAUUGGUAAACACAGUGGAAUGUCACAUCGUUCAAAUUCCGUGUGACUUUUUCAAAAUAUCUUGUCAUUGUAUAACUACUUAACUUUAAAAUUUUGACUUAAAAUACACCUUUCAAAAACUGUCGAUAUUACAAAUCAUUCUGCUUAAAUUUGUCUUCAGCAUUUAUUAUUAUUAUUUAUUAGUUGGUUAUUUUUCCUUAAGACUGAAGAAGAUUAGUAUCCAAUAGUCAAGUUGUUGACUAGUGGACACAGAGAGAAGAUGAAGAUAAAGAUUUAUAGAGCUCAGAUGGAUGGCACUGAUGUAGUUAUCUUCUCUGAGCAGAAUGAUUUAAUUGUGAAUAAUUCUGUAUUUCUAGACAAUAUUUCGUCAUUAACUUCAAUAUGAUAGUUUUUAGAAUUCUCCAUGAGUGUAAUAACUGUCUCUCUUGAUGACCGUAAACAUGAUUGGUUGUCUCUGAAGAUUUCUUUUGUUAUCUUCUUCUUCACUUGUAUCUUGGUAUUGAUUAUUUUGUUGACUUUUUGUCCAUGUGUUUCUCAUUGCUUUAUAAAUUUGAUCUAUAUCAAUAUAUCUAUUAUAUGUAGAUUCACCUGAGUACUAUGGUUUGGACAGCCUUAUGUGUCAUUGAUAUUUUAUCAUUUAACUCAUGGAAAAUUCCCAUUUUAACAUAUAGAAAAUCAAAACAAGUGACUCAGCGAAGAGACUCUUUUCAACGAAUUUAUCAUCAAGCUGUACAAUCGUAUAUAUAUGGUUUUUUAAGAAGUUAUAUCUGGUGAGGGAAUUGAAUCAUAGGUGUGAAUGCAUAAAAAUAAUAAUAGUAUGAAAUGCAAUUAAAAACUAAAAUGUUUGUGAUUAUAAUCAUAGUUAAAUGUCAAGUGGCAAAGCAAAUUAAUGUCUUGUACAAAAUAAUUCAUAGGAUGGAUAGAAUGUUUUUAUUUUAUUCGAUUGUCCACUAAUCCUGUGAUUGCACACUUUUUCAAGUUCCAUUCCUCGUCGAAGAAGGCUGGAGAUGCACCAUCUCAAUCGAUGUAGCUUCACAACACCAUCGACUGACUUGCCCUCCUUACAUAACACUCUGCGCCUAACCUCGAUAUUAUUCAUCAGAUUAUUCCAAUUAGUACGGGAGAUAGAACGCACACAUCUGUGGCCAAAGACAGUUUUUCCAUAUCUC